AUGUUUGAGUCUCUUGUCGCCUGCAACGAUACGCUUUCCAAUACUCAAAAAUUCCAUUAUCUGAAAACAAGCGUUACUGGCGACGCCGCGAUUAUGAUUAGCAAUUUGAAAAUCUCCGAGGCGAAUUACGAGUCGGCGUGGCAAUUGCUGAUAGAGGAAUACGACGACAAACAGACUCUCGUAUACACUCAUCUGCACGCGUUCGCGCAUUUGCCGAUAAUGAAGACGGAAAAUGUGAACGAUUUGCGAAAACUGCACGCCGUGGCUUCAUCGUUGGCCGCGUUGAAGAACCUCGAACGUCCCGUCGAUACGUGGGACGACCUGCUUGUUUACAUUAUGUCCCAGAAAUUCAGUCCUCGCACGCGAAACGAGUGGAACUUAAAACGCACGGAAUUCGCCGAGCUUCCGUCUUACAAGAACCUCAACGAAUUCUUGACUAUGCGUAUUCGCGGUUUAUCCGAUCUUGCCGAUUCCCAAAAGGAAACUCGUCGCUUCAGGGACGAUAGGACGCGCCCGUCCGUUAAUAAUGUCACCGCAUUCAGAUGCGUUUUCUGCUCCGCGAGGCGAUUAUGCGCGUCAGAACAAACUUUGUUUGAACUGCCUGAGAUCCGGGCACUUCCUUCAACAAUGCACAAGCAAAUCUCGAUGCUCGCACUGUCGUCGUUCGCAUCAUACGCUGCUACAUUUCGCGAACGAUACGAAACCGAUGUCGCGGAAAACUCGUCGAGGAUAAGAGCGGAAGCGCAACUGUUCACUCCCGCGGCGUCAAACGCGCCCGUCGCUGCGAGCAGCAAUCACGUCGCGAAAGUACAGACCGUUCCCCCCGCGGAUACGGUUCACACGAACGUCCUCCUAGCGACGGCCUGGGUGGACGUUCACACGGUCGAAGGUCGAAGUUUUAAAGUGCGCGCUCUGUUGGAUCAGGGAUCCACGUUUAGUUUUAUUUCGCAAGCUCUCUGUCAAACGUUGCGUACGAAAAGACAACGCUCGAAUCUUCAAGUUACUUGUUUCGGCGAGAAGUAUACGGGCUGCGCGAAAUCACGCGUCAUGCUGACAUUGACGCCGUGCGCCCGUUCGGGACCAGGCUUCCCGCUGCACUCCUACGUUUUUCAAAGCAUUACUUCGUACGCGGCGUCGCAGAUUCAGCCCUUCGAGUCAUGGUCACAUUUACAUGGCCUUUCAUUCGCCGAUCCAGAUCCGUCAAGUCGACACCGAGUUCACUUGUUGAUCGGUCCCGACUUAUACGGUUCGUUGUUGAAGGAUGGCCUCCGGCAAGGCCCUAUCGGCACGCCUACCGCUCAGCUGACAGCGUUAGGUUGGAUUCUUUCCGGCCCCGCGGGUCGCGGCCGGGGUGAGUCCGCACACAUAGGAGUAUGUCAUAACGUGUCUACUCAAGACACAAAUACGCUUCUCAAGCGAUUUUGGGAGGACGAGGAGAGGCUGCGCCGGCACGCGGAACUCUCCGCGCAGUACCAGGAAUUUUUGGCGGAAUAUCUCUCCUUGGGGCACAUGAGCGUGAUCGACCGUCCUAGCGACAUCGCUCUUCACCCCGUGUAUAUUCCGCAUCAUCCGGUUGUGCGCGAGUCUAGCAGCACCACAAAAUUACGCGUCGUGUUUAACGCUUCGUGCAAGACGACAAACGGCACGUCAUUGAAAAAUCACCUACUGGUCGGGCCGAAGUUACAGCAGGACCUUUCCGCUAUCCUGCUCCGCUGGCGGCAGUGGCGCUUCGUCUAUAUGGCGGACAUCGCUAAGAUGUUCCGACAAAUUCUCGUCAAUCCGCUCGAUGCCGAUUUUCAACGUAUUCUUUGGCGCCCGUCCAGCGACAAGCCGGUCCCACAUUUCCGACUCCUGACAGUACAUUACAUAGACAACGGCCAACAUGGAUAA